UUCCGGGCAAUGGGUUACCCGAGUGUUUCGAAGUCAACUCUACUUAUCUGGGUUUACAGUGUGGAUUUUUCCUACACAUCCCAUAUUGGAUGUCAAUUGUCAAAUCUGUAAAUCUUUCAUUGGCUCGUUGACGGUCAGAGUAAAGUAUUUGUCCGGCAGACACACAUUUUCAUCACAAAUUGAUUUUUGUAAUAACUGAAUGACUUUUGUAUCAUGAAUUGUAGUACAUGUCAAUAUAUGAAGUAGGAUUGUAUUAGGUCAACUCUUAAUGGUGGGAAAAUACGUUUGGGGUACAUUUUGAAACGCCAAUGAGAUUUUAUGAUUUGGGUUGUGACAGUCGCGCUACGCCGAGUGCGUCAUUUUCGUGAAAUCGGAAGCUGCUAUACGCGCGCGCGCGCGCGCGCCAUUCCCCUCCGCGCCGCCCAGCGCGAAGCACGCGUCGCAACCUCAGCAGAGCGCGCGGCCAUAUUCCAAGCGCGAUGUCCGCAAACCUGAGCGCAGGCUUCGACGUCACGCAGGCACCGAACGGUUCCGCGUGCGGGAUCAACAUGCGCUUUACGCACGCGUUUCUGCCGCCCGUCUUCAUGGCGGUGUUCGCGGCGGGGACCCUCUCCAACGCGUGGGGCUUAAGAAGCGUGUGCGGCGCCUGGAACAGCAUCGGCAACAUCAACAUCUUCAUGCUGAACCUGGGCCUGGCGGACCUGCAGUACCUGCUCACGCUGCCGUUCCUCGUGGCCUACUACGCCGAAGACAGCCGCUGGCGCUUCGGGCAGCCCUUCUGCAAGUUGACCCGCUUCUGCUUCCACCUCAACCUGUACGGCAGCAUCGGCUUCCUCACGUGCGUCAGCAUCUACCGCUACUUGGGAAUCGUGCACCCCAUGAGAGCGAUGGGGAGGCUCGGCAGCCGCCAUUCGCUCGCCAUCAGCGCACUGGUUUGGUUUCUGGUCGUCGUUCAGAUCCUCCCGGACGCGCUCUUCGACAAAAGCGACCCCGGCAGACCCCACGCCUGUUUCGACACCACCUCCGACGAACGGAUCGGGCAAUACCUGCGUUACAGCGUCGCCUGGACGCUGAUGGGCUUCGCCGUCCCCUUGGUGAUCAUCGCGCUGUGCUACGGCCACGUGGUUUGGGUCCUCGCGCAAAAGGCCAACGUCGAACCCGCGCUCAAGCGGCGCUGCUUGAAGCUGGUGCUCCUUCUGGUCUUGCUGUUUUGCGUCUGUUUCAUCCCCUACCACAUCCUCCGAAUUGUGAACCUCCAGACCAGGAUUUGGAAGCGAGAAGGCAUCUGCCGCGACAGCUUCCGCGGCGUCUACGUUGCGCACCAGAUCGCCAGAUGUCUCGCCUGCCUCAACAGCGCUCUCAAUCCUCUCAUCUACAUUGUUGGGAAUGACGACUUCCUCGCGAGGUGCCGUCGCGUGAGCGAGCGGACCGGGAUGUCUUUGGCCAACGCGACUCGUGCGCUCCUUUACCGCCAAAGGUCGGAAGCGGGCCCAGAUGCGGCCGAGGCGGCGUGUCCGUGAGCGAACCUCACCGUCCACGUGACGCGCGUCCUGGAAGGAGUGGCCGCCACAAUUCUGGAUCAUAUCGAACUAAAGAAAGCGAACGAGCACUUCUUCAAAAGUCGAAAACUGUACCCUAUUGACACUCUUCGAACCGAGGAAAUACACGAAAUUGAGUCCGAAGAACAGCUGGAGAUUCUGUCCUUAAGUUAAAGACCUGUUCCCUAACCAGUUCCAAGAAGAAUGGAAGAACGGGUGCGUUCCCAAAUCUCCUUUCAGGCCAACGAGCAAACGUCAUCGUCCCAGCAUGUACAGCACAGCGGCAAAGGGGCUCGACUGCUCUUCUUAUUAUUGCAUAUAUCUUACAUAUGUCUUAUAAGGCACGUGCACGUAUAGACCCCGAGUGGUCCUCAAGCACCUGCCCUUUUGCAAAAAGUACACACACACACACACACACAAAAAGGACCCUCUCUAUGUUUUGCUACUUCAGCAUUUGGCCUUUUUGGGAGUCCUCGUGACAAUUGCGCACAUGCUCCCACCUUCAUUUAUUGGGCGUCAAUCAGCGGGGGCGUGUCCACUCGUGCAACCGUGUUCUCACGCUGCUUUAUUCUUACUUCCCCUCUCUACAUCCCCUCUUGAGCACCUGCCCCUAAAAAUGUCUGCGCAAGUGACUGUAUGCUGCUAUUGUAUUAUUAUGAUGAUUGAUAUUGUACAGUACUGCCCCUUAUUUGGAGUAAAGGAUGACUUCCUCGAGAUUAUUCUGUUCCGUGUCGUAUUUUUAUAGCCAGUAUUUUGAUUUACUGACGAAAGAUACAAACUUUCAAUAUAGCUAUUUGUCUGUCUAGCCGUCCUUCUAGAACACGUAGUCACUGUUCAGUAACAGUUGAAACAAAAUGCAUCCAAACCGUGGUAAAAAAAAAUAAUAAUAAUAAUAAUUAUAAUCCACAAAUCUGUUAUGAGCAAGCAGUGACGACAACGGAACGAUGUUUUGAAAUAUUUCAUUACCGGAAAUUUUGCAAAUGGGACAAAGGUGGGAAAUACGAGCUGCUGUAUUAGCAUGCGUAGUCUGGCAAAAUGGGCUUUUACAGUGUUUCUUGAUGUCUUGCAGCGAUACGUAAUCAAAGGUGGAGUUUGCAGUGUAAAAAAACAACAACACUUUGGGUCAUAUGGGUUAAAACUGUCUGUACGACCUGACAGUAGAAUAUUAUUAAAAUGAUAUUUCGAAAAAUC